AUGCUCUGUUUCACCGAUCUACCUGUCGACAUCCACCAUCAGAUAAUCUUCCACCUCGAGUCGAAUCGCGAUGUGGCCGCUUUCUCUUCACAAUGCGGAGCUCUGCAUUCUCUCUGCGACAUGUCCAAUCGGAAGAAAUACCGUCGUGUGCGCAUCACUCCGAGUAUUGCUGAUCUUGACCGCGCGUUCCAGAUGCUCAUAGACAUUCUGAGAAAGCCCAGUCUGGGUUGCUACGUGCGUCAUAUUGAAUAUAAGCAGACUGUCUCGCGCUAUCGGGAGUACGUGGUGAAGCCUUAUGGGGGGAAACUAAGUAAGGAGGAUAUGCGGCUGCUGCGAAGUGCCACGCGGAGGGCAGGGUUUACAGGAGCUCUAGAAGAGCGCGUGUUCAACAUGUUGAUGCGGGAAUCGGUGGUGAGGGAUGGUGUUUUCGACGCUUUUAGCGAGACCCGUGCCCCCGCGACAUACGUCACGCAAGCGUUGACGGCCCUGCUCAUCUCGGUGUCACCAAACCUCGAGUCCAUGGCCAUGAUGCCGACUUUUUACAUCGACCUCCAAGAGCCCACGGAUGAAUCAUUCCUGCGCUCUGAGUGCCCCCUAGACCUGUUGCUCAGGGAGACAAACGACAACCUGGUUGACAAGCCGUACCUGCAGAACCUUCGCAGAGUGUAUAUCAUCAACCACGGGGAUGACUAUUUCGACGACGGGCGAUUCUAUGUGGCCAUGGACCUCAUCGGAUGCUUGGCCAUUAUCCGCAACCUUCCGUCCCUCGAAUGGAUCGGUGCUGAUGCUCUCACGGAGGAUGAUGACGGCAUGCCCACACUUGAGGCUAAAUCCUCCAAUGUGUCUCGCAUCGCGAUCCAUCACUCAUCUGUGGAUAGCCAGUAUCUGAUAACUAUCAUCCGCUCGUGCAGAGUUCUGAAGGAAUUCGAGUACUCGAUCGGUGGCAGGGUGGUCGAGGGUGGAAAUCCGAUAUUCAACCCGAAAACGUUCAUCCUGAGCGUCCUGGAACACAAGGCCACGUUGGAGAAAUUAGAUCUCGACGUUGAAGCACAAAUAUUCGGCUUCAUCUAUCCUAGUUCACGGGUAUUUAACUUCGACGGGCAGGGCGCCCGAGCUGAGGCACGAGCCUAUUGGCCAGAACCACCGCCAGACUCAUUCUGGGACCAGCGGGGGUCUCUCAAAGACUUUGAGGCCCUGAAACGGCUCAGUAUUGGGGUGAAUUUCCUGUUGUACUUUGCCGCGGGAGUCAACAAUGACAAUGAGAACAAGAGCGUAUCUUUGGUGGAGUAUCUGCCGCCGAAUUUGGAGUACCUGUGCAUCCGGGGAUACGAGAAGGGCAAAAGUAAGCACAAUGACGCUCAGAUAGACGCCCUCAAGGCGCUGGUGGAGUCGGGUUCAACUUCGCUGAAGGAGAUACAUGGUGUUGAUGAAUGUAUUCCCAACGCAGAGAAUGUCGAGAACCCGGACAAUUAUCCGGAGUUGUUGUGGAGACUCCGUGAUGGAUGGUCCGACGAGGAGGAUUCAGAAGAUGACGAGGACGAGAAGUAG